UGUCAAUGUGCGCGCACACAUACACACACGAAGGUAUGUGGUUCAAUUCUUGCGUGUACACCGGUUUCCUAUAGUUAGAUUUGCUUCCAAGUUGUGUGAUUGUUAUUAUCUUAUAUUUAUCUAAUAUUCAAAUGUAAUGACAAUGUAAUUGUAGGAAAACAAGCACGAGCAACAAUUGAACUCAAAGAAUGAAGCAACUCAUUGGCAUCUUACUGGCAUCUUCUGUUUUUACACUUUUCAUACGCGCUCAAGAAAAUUACCGCUUCUGUGACCCUGACGUCCCAUCCAGGUCUUUGACCUACAAGACAACGGCCCUGUUGUUGGAUUCCACCCAAAGCUGCGGUGCCGGUCAGUACUUUAACCAAACCCAAGUUAAAUGCUUGCCAUGUCCGUCAGAUACCUUCAUGACCAAGCUGAUGUCCGAGAAAAGAUUCGCCAGCUGCUUGCCGUGUUUGAAGGCUUAUGGGAUUGAGGUCCAAGCAGAAUCCUGCACGGAGACAAGGGACGCAACUGUUAUGUGUACCAACGCUUACUUUCGCCUUAGAGACAUGAACCUGCCUUGUGCCUCCUCGUGCUCGCGGUGCGAGAUCUGCGGCGCAGGAACUUACUUAUACCAGAACUACGAGUUCCAGAAAUGUCAAGGUUAUGACGACACCAUCUGCUGCACCAGUCCAGACAUGAAACUGGUGAACAGGGUGUGCAUGCUCAGGAACACUCCAGCACCUCUGAAAUCUGAAGACAAUGGAUCUGAGCGCGAAUAUUUUAAACAUUAUGUUGUAAUUAUUACUUUUAUGUUAGCACUCAUAGUGUAGGUUCAAAAUAGUAAUUAUUAUUUUGUUAGAAUAACUUAUAGAUAAAUUGCACAUAAUGCCAAGAAGACCUUUAAAAAAAAGAGAUUUUCAAGUAUGGCGGAAAAAAGUUUUAAAAGCUUGAUAUCUGGUAUAUUCGGUGUACAGAAAAAGAGAAGUGCUGAUAAAGUUAUGAUUUCUUUUUUACAAGUCAUAGGAUUAUAUUUGUGCGAUUUUUGGUACUUUAGAAUCACAUUUUAUAGGUUCAUAUGUAUGGAGUUCAUUUUUUUUGUAUUUAUUAUAGCAACGUCGAAGUUUGAUGUCUAUGUUUGAAAUUUAUUGUCUAUGGUUGAAGUUUAGAUUAAAGUUUAAUUAUAAUGUU